CUCAAACCACUCUGCCAUUCCCUCUUCUCUCUAACUUUCUCUCUCUAGCUUUCUCUCUCCUCCCCAACAAUGGAUCCCGUCACCACCUGGGCCAACACCCCUCUUGACGUCGUGGACCCGGAGAUCCACGAUCUCAUCGAGAAGGAGAAGCGCCGGCAAUACCGGGGGAUCGAGUUGAUCGCUUCGGAAAACUUCACCUCCUUCGCGGUCAUGGAGGCCCUCGGCAGCCCCCUCACCAACAAGUACUCCGAGGGCAUGCCCGGGAACCGGUACUACGGCGGUAACGAGUUCAUCGAUGAGAUAGAGAACCUCACGCGCUCACGCGCCCUCCAGGCGUACCGUCUGGACCCCACCAAGUGGGGCGUCAAUGUCCAGCCCUACUCCGGCUCCCCCGCCAACUUCGCUGCCUACACCGCCGUCCUCCAGCCCCACGACCGCAUCAUGGGCCUCGAUCUCCCCUCCGGCGGGCACCUCACCCACGGCUACUACACCUCCGGUGGGAAGAAGAUCUCGGCCACUUCCAUUUACUUUGAGAGCUUGCCGUACAAGGUGAAUUCGACGACUGGGUAUAUUGAUUAUGAUCGAUUGGAGGAGAAGGCGUUGGAUUUCAGGCCGAAGCUAAUUAUCUGCGGUGGGAGUGCUUAUCCGAGGGACUGGGAUUACAAGAGGUUCAGGGCUGUGGCGGAUAAGGUUGGCGCGCUUUUGCUCUGUGAUAUGGCCCACAUUAGUGGCCUUGUCGCUGCCCAGGAAGCUGCAGAUCCCUUUGAGUACUGUGACAUUGUCACAACCACAACCCACAAGAGUCUUAGGGGUCCUAGGGCUGGUAUGAUCUUCUACAGGAAGGGUCCUAAGCCAGCCAAGAAGGGCCAGCCCGAGGAUGCAGUUUAUGAAUUCGAAGACAAGAUCAACUUUGCCGUUUUCCCUUCCCUUCAGGGCGGUCCCCACAACCACCAGAUUGGUGCCCUUGCUGUUGCCCUAAAGCAGGCCAUGGCACCUGGCUUCAAGGCCUACGCCAAGCAAGUCAGGGCCAAUGCUGUUGCCCUCGGAAACUACUUGAUUAGCAAGGGAUACAAGCUUGUCACUGGAGGAACUGAGAACCACCUUGUCUUGUGGGAUCUCAGGCCCCUUGGUUUGACUGGUAACAAGGUGGAGAAGCUAUGUGACCUUUGCAACAUUACUGUUAACAAGAAUGCUGUGUUUGGAGACAGCAGUGCCUUGGCUCCUGGUGGAGUUAGAAUUGGUACCCCGGCCAUGACAUCGAGAGGUUUGGUUGAGAAGGACUUCGAGCAGAUCGGAGAGUUCCUUCACCGGGCGGUGACCAUCACUUUGAACAUCCAAAAGGAGCAUGGAAAGCUUUUGAAGGACUUCAACAAGGGCCUCGUCAACAACAAGGACAUUGAAGCACUCAAGGUUGAUAUUGAGAAGUUUGCGGGAUCCUUUGACAUGCCUGGGUUCCUAGUCUCUGAAAUGAAGUACAAGGAUUAAAUAAAGUCUAAAAGACUUGUUGUCUGAAAAUUUUAUCUUCCGAGUCGCCUUAUUUGAUUGCCCUUCUAAAAUGCGAGGGGGGAAAAGAAAAAAAAAAAAAAAAAAAAAAGGAGUAAAAAAUGCGUAUUUUGCUUCAAUGUAGGAUAGCUGUUGAUUUUCAAUUGUUUUAAAGUUUUUGUUUGUCUGAGUUGCUGGAGUUUGAUAUUUCGUCCUCCCGAUAGCUACUAUUUUACUUAUUGUAUCUCUUGUUUCCUUUUAUCUUGCCAAUAAACUAUGAAUUACGAUUUUAUAAAUUUUGAAGAAGUUAGAAAUGA